UGAAACACAAACUAAUGAACUCCUCAACUAUAUGUACAAAUGCAUUGAAUAGAAGAGGUAAGGCAAGAAAUAAAGUUAAAUCAAGAAAAAGUAUGACUUGUUUUUUUCCAUAUAAUAGCAGAAACUUGGAUACAAGUUUCUUCAUAUUUAGGCCAACAAUAGUGAUUGUGGAUGAUGUUGUGGAAGCUAUCAAGCAUUUCUCUUUUUCUACUCAAAAUCUUGGAUGUGUACAAAGUGCUAUUUUUAGAAGCAUUCAUGGGAAUAUGAUAGUAUGGUAUGGAGCAUGGAUAAAGAGAUGUAUUGAGAAUAAGGAUUCACUGGCUACAACUCUUGUUUCAAUGUUAACAAGUGUAUCAAGCAUAGCAAUCCUACUAGAAUAUGGCUUUUUUGAUGCAUAUGCUGGAGAAUCAAAGGAUCAUUCACCCGCUGGGAAAUUCUACACAGGGAACAUUGUUUCCAUGAACUCUGCCUCUUUCUCCCAUCACGACAUGCCUAUCGAAGACUUUACAUACGCAUGCUUAGCCAUUUUUAAGGACCGCUUCCACAACAUGAAUGGCGCUGUUUCUGGGGUUUGCUUCAAGUCCCAACAACUAUCCAAAGUAGCCGCGGUUUUCGUCUGGAAAUCCUUACAAUGUUGCUACAAUUACAUAUUGAAUCAAGAUUCUAGGAGUGUUCUUCCUUAUUUUGAUGGCUUUUCACUAGAUUUAAAAUAUGAUGUGUUUAAAGUUGUUUAUGUUAGUGGAGAUAGUGCCUUAAAUUUUCAUAUUUUUCCUCCACACAAGAUGUUGGAGGACAAACAAGGGUUGCAUAAGGAUUAUUAGCUCUUAGUAGUAUGUAUUUACUAAGUAUUGGGUAUAUGUAGAUAGAGACAUGUGGAUCAUGCACGCCUUCAAUUUUGGUAUGUAAUUCAUAAUUAUAUUAUGAGGAAAAUGAAAUUUUACUUUUA